ACCGCUAAUCAAUCUGAUCACGUGAUCUUUUUUUUUAUCUGCGCUGAUCAAUAACCGUCAGUGACGUCAUUCCAUUUCCUCUUCGUGCGGGAAGUCGGUGAGGAGAGAAAAAGCUGCUGAUCAGCCAAUCUGCUGCCUGUCUAACGCUCUGCGGUUCUAUUGUCCUCCAUCACCAUCCUCCUCUCCUCCUCUCCUCCUCAUCCUCUCCUCCUGUUCUCCUGCUCCGCUCCGCGGCAGCGAUGCUCCCGCGGGGCCUGGCCGGCCUCGGUGCAGUGUUUGCGGGCUGGCAGUAGCUCGCUGCGGCCCUCCGUCAUGGUGCAGAAGUCCCGGAACGGCGGGGUGUUCCCCGGAGCGCAGGCCGACCAGAAGAAGCUGAAGGUCGGCUUCGUGGGUCUGGAGGCCGGGGGGACCGAAUCCAGCAGGGACGGAGCUCUGCUGAUCGCUGCAGGCGGGGAGGAGGGGCCUCGGCGGCAGCGCAGCAGCGUCUCUGGAGGAAAGAAACCUCCGAAGAGAAACGCUCUCUACAGACGGCUGCAAAACUUCCUGUACAAUGUCCUGGAGAGACCGCGAGGAUGGGCCUUCAUCUACCACGCAUACGUGUAA